UGGUACCCCAAUUGUUCUACAGUAUCUCCAGCUUUACUGGUCAUGUGCCUAAUUUUUUGUGGUAGUGGGGUGGGGUGGGGACAGACCUGGUUACUUCUUGAAACACUAAAUGUUGCCCAGGCUGCUCUCCCAACUCUGAGCCCAAAUGAACCCCAGCCUUGCCCCAGCCUGGGUUACGGAAACUGCUAUGUGCCAGUCCCCUCAUCCAGCUUGAACUAUGUCGGAUUUUACCUAAAGUGUGUUGCGUUCUUUGAAUGGAGACCAUGAUUUAGGUGUUAAUGAGAGUUAACCUACUUAACUAAAUAAUGGGCAUUUCUAUUUACUCUUUAAACAACAGCUUAAAUUCUUGCAUAGGAUAAAUAAUUUAUAUUAAUAGCUAUAUGAGCAAUAUAGCUAAGGCAUCAGAAAAUUCUGUAGUCCCCAGAUACGUGAGCACUUCGGUCUACACUGUCUGAGAGUUGUUAACCAUUCUAUCAACUUAAAUGGUUUUUUGCCAAAGCUGCUUUGGUUUGGAAACGUGUAUUCAUAAGGGGGACGGGGUGUGUGUUUGGACCAAAUAGAGCCUAGUCCACAGCUUGAGGCGCCAAGCAAAGGCCCUGGUCUCAUCAGUAGGUGACAGCUGGCGACCUCCUGGGGUCCAGACUGGCUCAACCUCUGUGUUUUAGGAAAACAGCGCUCUCCCCUCUGCAGGGAGGGGGGCGGGGUGGGUAACACACCCCAUACUUUGACUAGGCCCAACAUCCCCCCCCCCCACACUUCGCUCGCCAAGGCCAUGCGCCUGCGCAGCUCGGUUGCCUGGAUACCUACCGCACGCCACAAUCGCGCGCUCCUGGGCGUUGGGCGGUUGAGCCUCAGUUCCCCUGGAGCGGGCGGAGGAGCCGGUAGAGAAGCGGAGACCGGCCGCUGCGCUGACCCCUGCCUCUCCUCCCCGCAGCACACCGGAUCGUCCCUGGCCGCCGCGGUCUGCCCAGAACGAUGCCGCUGCCCGACACCAUGUUCUGCGCGCAGCAGAUCCACAUCCCCCCGGAGCUGCCCGACAUUCUGAAGCAGUUCACCAAGGCUGCCAUCCGCACGCAGCCGGUGGACGUGCUGCAGUGGUCGGCGGGGUAUUUUUCAGCCCUGUCCAGAGGAGACCCACUUCCUAUAAAGGACAGAAUUGAAAUGCCUGUGGCCACUCAGAAGACCGACACAGGCCUGACCCAGGGACUCCUAAAGGUCCUGCACAAGCAGUGUAACCACAAACAAUAUGUGGAAUUACCAGACCUUGAGAAGAAGUGGAAAAACUUGUGUCUGCCAGUAGAAAAAUUCAGAGCUAUCCUGGAACUGGAUCCAUGUGAAGAAAAAGUGGAGUGGAUAAAAUUUUUAGCUCUUGGAUGUAGCUCCCUGGGUGGGACACUGAAUACCGCCAUGAAGAACGUCUGUGAGAUCCUCACUACUGACCCAGAGGGUGGGCCUGCUCGGAUCCCGUUUGAUACUUACGCUUACAUCUACCAGUACUUGUCUGAACUGGACCCAGAACUCCCAGCCUCAGAGACGGAGACCUAUCUUGCCACUUUAAGAGAGAAGUCAGAAUCUAAAAGGAAUGGCAUGAUAGGACUUUCGGACUUCUACGUUGGACGGAAGUCAGUAUAGGAAGCCUUGAAAAGAAAGCUCUGAAGAAUUGAAGAAUAGACCAUUAAUACCGAGAGGAACACAUUUAAUGUGGUGCUUUUGAAAACCUUGGCGCCAAAUACAGCUUGUCAUUAACCA